AUGAGCAAGCGCGAGCUGGAGGUUGCGGGCGAGUCGAGGCGGGCGAGCAAAGCUGCGCGGGUGGCAGGCGGCGAGGACGGCGAGGGCGAGUACCUCUACCACGAGCUCUUUGAGCGGAUGCAAGCGACGUUUCCCGAGGACAUGGCCGGCCUACUGGCGCCGGGAACGGCGGAGGCGCGGCGGGAGGAGCUGGUGGAGAUGCUUGAUCUAGGUUGGAUUGAGCGGUUUGCGUGGGCAGUGCCGACCAAGGCCGCCAUCGACGUAGUGACCGGGCUGGUCGGCCUCGCCGGCGCAUCGCGGGUGGUGGAGAUCGGCGCCGGUAACGGGUACUGGGCGUCGCUCAUUGCGGCGCGUGGCGUUGAGGUCGCGGCGUACGACGUGGCGCGCGAGGACGACGAUGAUGACGAGGGCGAGCGCAAGGUGUGGUACAAGGUCCAGGGCGUGGCGUCGCAGGACGAGAUGAUGGUGGCGCUGGAGGCGGAGGACAAUGCGGUGCUCAUGCUGUGCUACCCGGACGACGGCGAGGAUGCCGACGACGGCGAGAUCAACGCCGAGAGUGCCAUGUCUGUCUCUGCGCUGCAGGCGUUCCGUGGCGAGUACGUGGUGCAUGUGGGCGAGCUGAUGGCGGACGGACGCGGGGUGACCCGGCCGGGCCCGUGGGGCCGGACCACGCACCCCGAGUUCCAGAUCAUGCUCGCGGAGCACUUCCACCAGGUCCUUGCGCUCGAGCUUCCGUCAUGGCCGACGUCGAACGACGUGCUGAGCGUGUGGAAGCGGUCGGCCGAGGUCGAGCUCGAUGACGCCGAGUUUGUGUACGUGCCGGCGGAGGAGCGACUGCCGUCGACGCGGGCGGCGCCGGCGUUUGCGCACUUGCUGUGA